AGAGAGAGAGAGAGAGAGAGAGACAGACACACAGAGAAAAGGAGAGAGAAGCAAAUUUGGUUGAAUUGAAGAGUUGGGAAGUGGUGGUGGUAGGUGUCUAGAGUUCUAGGUCUCGUCUCAUCAAGACCCUCUCUCACGCUCGGAUCACAUAAAAACACAGAAAAAAUGUCAGGCGUCACAAAUCAGGAGGAGGACAAGAAGCCCACCGACCAGUCCGCUCACAUCAACCUCAAAGUCAAGGGCCAGGAUGGGAAUGAAGUGUUCUUCAGGAUUAAGAGAAGUACCCAACUGAAGAAGCUCAUGAAUGCUUACUGUGAUCGACAGUCGGUGGAGUUCAAUUCUAUUGCUUUCUUGUUUGAUGGUCGUCGUCUUAGAGCUGAGCAGACUCCAGAUGAGUUGGAAAUGGAAGAUGGGGAUGAAAUAGAUGCAAUGCUUCACCAAACUGGAGGUGCUUUUGCCUAGUCAAUAAAUUUGGAUGGCUGUUUUCCUACUAGGAGCCAAGUAUAUGUAGACUUUGACUAUCUGGAAAACGAUGUCUGAAGUUUUAGUAUCUAUCAGCACUACUAGUCUUGUCUAAGCUUUAUUUCUAGAUGUUUGUUGUCAAUACAUGGCAAUUGUGUGUGUAUGAAGUAUGGUUUUAUGGUUUCUAAGUAUAUGAGGUAUGGUUUCUUCUUGGUAACUU